GAUGUUGAGUAUUUGCGAUAAAAGUGACAGAAGUAUUCUAACCUCAAAAAUUGUUUUGAUUGCCGGGCGUCGUUUUCAAAGUGAAACAAUCCUGAUUUAUCUUAAAAGCGCCCCAAAAUGGAUGAAGUAUUGCUGGAUAAAAUGGAUCAGGCGUGCAGGACGUCAGAAGAAUUUACAAAACUCUACUACGAAAGCCUGGACAAAAGACGUCAUCAAAUGUUCCGCCUCUACCUGGACAAUGGAGUCCUCGUCUGGAAUGGCAAUGGGGUGUCCGGAAAAGACGAUAUCCAGAAGUUUUAUCAGGAAUUGCCCGUAUCUGAUCACCAAAUGAACACUUUGGACGCCCAGCCAGUUCUCGAUGCUGCAGUAUCGACACAGCUCACAUUCCUCAUCCAAGUCAGUGGGUCAGUAAAGUUCAGCAAUGACGGUCUGGCACGUCCCUUCCAGCAGACCUUUAUAAUCACAGCCCAGGGAGACAAAUGGAAGAUCGUGAGCGAUUGCUAUCGCCUCCAAGAUGCCAUGUUCAAGGACAGGAAAUAAAUCUCUUUAACAUUUAUACUUAUAACUUUA